GCAACGGUGACGUUGUUUACGUCUGAAAGUUUCCAUAAAUUCCACUCAAGUGUUAUUUCCUUUUCGGUUUUAGAUCGAAAAAAUGUCGAUUAUUGCCAUCACCCACCACGACGAAAACAUAAACAACAUAAUCUCAAAACCUGAAUACCAAUAUGAGGGUGGGCCUGAAGGUUUCAAAACRAGAAUGUACGCCCGGCUGAAGGCAGCCCCCAGAGACACCCAAGCCAUUAAACGCCACGCAACAAUGGGCCUUGCGCAAGAACCACCCCCAGACCCGUGCGAUUUCCUCAAGAAAAACUCCGGGAAAUUAUCAUAUAGCCAAAACCAAACGAAAGAAAAACCAAUAAAACAAUUUUGUCAAAGAAAACAAAGACUGUUCCCGACGAAAGAGGACAUUGUGCAAUACAACAACAGGAAAAAGGAAGAGGCCAAAAAGGAGAAAAACUUCAUUUCCGCAAAUAUCAAAACAGUGUUGACGAUGAAAGCAAAAGAACCCGAACCCAAAGUGGUACUAGAACCACACGGCGAGUCCAAACGCUUGACCGACGGCUUGGAACCAAUUUACAUCAAGUCUAGUGCUUUUGGUAAAACCCCCGAGUAUUUGCAGUCUUUGAUCAAAAAACGGGAGAAAUUACACCAAAUGCAGAAAGAUGCACGAGGAGUGGAAAAACCGAAAUGUCGCUACAUUAGGAGAGAUGAACGAGAAGAGUUACUACAAGGCUUGAAACACAACUGGGAGGAGUUACAAAAACAGUAUCAGGGCCUCCCCAUCCUCACAGAUACUAUACCCAAAAUAAAUAGAAAAUCGAAAUUAGAGGCGGAACUAAAACAACUAGAAAAAGAUAUAGUGCUAGUCGAAAGACAUCCUUAUAUUUAUGUAUAUGACGAUAACAUACUUUCUGUAAAUUAAUAAAACUGUAUAACAAAAUUGAA